AUGACUCGGUUCAGCGACCUCAAUGACGAUAUUCUACACGAAAUAAUCGGAUGGCUUCAACUCAUGAAAGAGAGAGACCCUUCCGCUGCUAUCUCUCUCCCUCAACUAGCUCGCGUAUGUUUACGGAUCGGUGCCUUGGUGCCACGACAUCUUGUGAAAGCCAUGAACAUCCAAAUCACAGCUUCCGAUGUGCCCAAAUUGAGGCUACUCAUGCGCUCACUGAAAGAGACACCAGGUCUUAGGGCACUGGUGCGAAAGAUCCAGAUCACGCUUGGGUUUGAACCUCUGGCGUCCUUUUGGGCAAACGAGCUGCUUCAACAACUCCCGAACCUCGUGUACCUUGAGAUCCAGCGCGCAUUAUCGAAUAUUGAGGAUUUGCGGGAGCUUUUCGCAUUCUCUCCCAACUUCUUCCAAAUCAAUAAGCUAGAAAAACUCCGUCGGGUUAACUUCCAACGCGAAACGGUAUCCUUUGCGACGAUCUUCGAUUGCAUGUCUCUUCCGAACGUUGAACUGAUUGAUUUCUCUAUUAGAACUGGGGAGACUUUCGAAGACUCGAAACGAGCUUCAGAUCUAACGUCAAUAUCACAGUCCUGUCGAGUUAAAACACUGAAUCUCAAUGACUCCAGAACGUCGCUUGAUCUAUUCCAAGCGUUGCUCAGGCGGUGUCCAUACCUACAACAUCUUACCGGCUCCAUGCCCCGUCCAUUCCGCAGUACCGGCCCAGGAAUCAUUUUGUUCUCCGCUGCACAACUACAGCAUGCCUUGGCUCCGACAAGAGAUACUCUGGUGUCCCUCGACUUACUCAAUUUGCAGAGCCACACUUCGCAUCCAACUCCUUUUUGUGAUGGCACGAAGCUGGAUUUGAAGAUGUUCUCAUCUUUGGAAAGCAUCACGCUUCCAGUUCACUGCUUCUUCAACAGGCCGGUCCCGCACGACUCUCGUAACGGAACUUAUGCGCAAUUCCCCUGGUCCAUGACAAAACUGAACCUGUACUUCGCACAAAAAACGAAUCCGUACUCUGGAAAACCAAUGAAUAUACUCCACUCCAACGACCAGGAACGUGCAAAGCUGCGAAGCGGAAACGCCGCGUUUGAGCCAUGGACUUACGCAUGGAUCAUGGAGUUCGCCUACCACAAGGCAACACACUUUCCAAAGCUGCACAGCUUGACUGUGGAAGAAGAGUUGACAGGACCGGACAUGAGCUUAGUAAGAUGGUCUAAUGAAGACGCCAUGAAGGUAUGGACCUCUGUGGGCGCUAUUUGCAACGUCCUAUUCAGAGAACCUUAA